AUGAACCGGCUUUACAAGCACGACCCGGCCCUCACGCCCAACUUUCCCGGCUCGGUGUACCCCAUGGCGUGUGUGAACUGCGGCCCGCGCACGGUCUGCAGGCUGCACUGCGACGCCUCCAACUACCCUGGCCUGCCUUGUGCAAUAACGGCGAUGGGGAACUUCAACGCCGACCGCGGCGGUCACCCCAUCCUGCCCCAGCUGCGUAUGUAUAUACGCUUUGCUGCGGGCGGCACGAUCCUGCUGUCCUCCGCCUGCGUGCAGCAUGGCAACGUCGAAAUCGGCGCGGGCGAAACGCGCGAGUCGUUCACUCAGUACUGUCCCGCGGGGCUGCUAGAGUGGGCCGCGCACGACUAUAAACCCGCCAACAAGUUUUACAAGACCCCGGCUCUUCGGGAGCAGCUGGAGAACGAGGCGGGCGAGGGAUGGGAAGCCCAGCUGGCUCGUUUUUCGACAGAGAACUCGGUGAGCGAUGAUCGGGAAUGGGUGCUGCAGGAGGAGCUCGCCGGUCGCGUAUUCUAG